UCGUUCAUCCACGAUUCGUGCACUGUUUCCUAGAUCUCAUACUUACAUUUAACGAUCAUGUCUGGCAGAGGGAAAACCGGAGGAAAAGCCAGGGCUAAGGCCAAGUCCCGCUCCUCCAGAGCCGGACUCCAGUUCCCAGUGGGUCGAGUCCACAGGCUACUGCGCAAGGGUAACUAUGCGGAGCGCGUCGGCGCCGGGGCCCCGGUAUAUCUGGCGGCCGUGCUGGAGUAUCUGACCGCUGAGAUUCUGGAGCUGGCAGGAAACGCAGCCAGAGACAACAAGAAGACCAGGAUCAUCCCCCGGCAUUUGCAGCUGGCUGUGCGCAACGACGAGGAGCUGAACAAGCUGCUGGGAGGAGUGACCAUCGCGCAGGGAGGAGUGCUGCCCAACAUCCAGGCUGUGCUGCUGCCUAAGAAGACGGAGAAACCGGCCAAGAGCAAGUAAAAAGACUACAGGCCAGCAAACAUCCGGGACAAAAGGCUCACCUCAAAGCCAGCCACUUUUUCAUACCAGUGUUCGUUUUUUUGGAUAAACAAUUAGGGGACCGUGUUUGGUGUUUGCUGUUUCUACAAUGAAAACAUUCGCUUCUCAUCGGGACUAUUCAUAGACUGCUCCGUCGCCACUGUUGUAUUCUUGGCUCUGGAAAAUGGAGGCGCUAUCUGAAGGCUGGAGAUGAUGAAGGCCGUGGAUAAAAAAGAUCACUUCUCAGUAUGGACCAAUUCUAGAAAGAGGGAGGGGGGGUUAUUUUAUUUUUUCGCUGCUACAAAACGUGCAACAAUUUGUGUAUUGUUUAUGUCAUGUUGUUUCAAUAAAUGCGCUGCUGCCUUCUGGCACAGGGCGAAUACAUCA